UAAACGGGGCAGCGUUUUUGAUUUGCACUACACGGAAGCGUCAGCAACACUUAACUUACGGUGAUGUAUUUCUUUAUAUCAUUACAAUAAAAACAUGUAAGCAGGACAGCCAGUCGCUAGUUUGACGCUAAGGUCAACCAGACUGACUUCCGGUUUUACUCAGUGACUUCCACCGCUGGUCCUCCGUUGGGUUCAAAACCAAGAAAUGGAUCGAAGACCGUCCGCGUUCUCGCUCGUCGUUGCUGUGCUCCUCGUAAGCCUUCAUGGGGUCUCGGCGGCUCGGCAGCCUCACAUCGUGUUCGUCCUGGCGGAUGACUACGGGUGGUACGAUGUCGGCUACCAUCACUCAGAGAUCAAGACACCGAACCUGGACAAGCUGUCGGCCGGGGGAGUCCGCCUGGAGAACUACUACGUCCAGCCUCUGUGCACCCCCUCCAGAAACCAGCUCAUGACUGGGAGGUAUCAGAUCCACACCGGCAUGCAGCACCAGAUCAUCUGGCCCUGUCAGCCGUACUGCGUGCCUCUGGAUGAGAAACUGCUGCCUCAGCUGAUGAAGGAGGCGGGUUACGCCACGCACAUGGUGGGCAAGUGGCACCUGGGCAUGUACAAGAAGGACUGCCUGCCCACACGCCGGGGCUUCGACACAUACUUUGGCUACCUGACGGGCAGCGAGGAUUACUACAGUCAUGUCCACUGCUUUCCCAUCAUCUCUCUGAACCUGAGCCGCUGUGCGUUGGACCUGCGGGAUGGAGAGGAGGUCGCUACCGCAUACAAAGGAGUCUAUUCCACUGAGCUGUUCAGCCAGAGGGCCACCAGCAUCAUUGAAAAACACAACUCGACCAAGCCUCUCUUCCUCUAUGUGGCGAUGCAAUCGGUCCAUUCACCACUGCAGGUGCCGGAGCGCUACGUGGCCCCCUACAGUUUCAUCAAAGACCACAAUCGCAGGCAGUAUGCCGGCAUGGUGUCGGCCAUGGACGAAGCAGUGGGCAACAUCACUCUGGCUUUGCAGAAGGCAGGACUCUGGGACAACACGGUCUUGGUGUUCUCAACAGAUAACGGGGGUCAGACGGUGUACGGGGGCAGCAACUGGCCGCUGCGAGGGAGGAAGUGGUCGCUGUGGGAAGGAGGGGUUCGGGGAGUCGGGUUUGUCGCCGGCCCGCUGCUGAAGCAACCGGGGACCGUCAGCCACGAACUCAUUCACAUCUCCGACUGGCUGCCAACACUCGUCAGCCUGGCAGGAGGGAGCACCAACGGCACCAAGCCGCUGGACGGAUUCAACGUGUGGGACACAAUCAGCAAAGGGUUUGCCUCGCCCAGACUGGAGCUGCUGCACAACAUUGAUCCUCUGUAUAACGACAUCAUGCCAUGUACUGGCACGAAGCAGCGGUUAACUUUGGCUCAGGAGGUCAGCGGAGGCUGCUGGGCCAACUCUGGCUUCAAUGUGUCCAUUCACGCCGCCAUUCGAUCCUCAAACUGGAAGCUGCUGACUGGCUACCCGGGUUGUGACAUCUGGUUCCCCCGGCCGGACCACAACAGCUCGGAGUCGAGGCCCUCGCAGGUGGAUCAGCUGAAGCCCGUCAUGCUGUUUGACAUAGAAAAAGAUCCAGAGGAGAGGAAUGAAGUAUCCGCUCAGUUCCCCGCAGUGGUGGAGUAUCUCCUCAGCAGGCUCUACCAAUACCAGAAAAGUGCUUUGCCCAUAAAUUAUCCCGCCGAUGACCCCAAAUGUGACCCGGGCCCCAGCGGAGCCUGGGGACCCUGGGCUUAGGUGAAGCUUUGUUUAACGUGAGUCACAACAGCAGGAAUCUCUUUAUGAAGAAUGAAGUUUUGUAAAUUUUUACUCUUUUAUGAUCGCGCUGCUUUUCUUUUUAACAGAAAAUCUUCAUUUUAAAGAAUUUUUAAACCAC